GUACGUGCGUGCGUGUGCGUGUAGGUACGUGUAGGUAGGUGUGAUUGCAGCAGCCUGGACUCUAGAGUUCGCUGGAGGUUUAUGUCCACAGGGGAGCAGUAAUGAUCCUCUGCGACUCCCAGCUGCUGUGUUCCCUUUAAAGCAGAAGAAGAGGAGGGUCCGAGUCUGAUGCUGCGUCCGAACUGCCCGUUCGGAUACUACAUGCUACUGCUACGUGCUACUGCUAGAUCCUACUCCUACAUACUAAAAACGUUGGCCCAAUUCGGACACACUAGACGAGCGGUGGGGAAAGACGACCCCCGCAGGCAGAGAGUAGGUACUGCGCCCGUGCAGACAGUGGUAACUGAAGCUCCUCAUCUGCGGGCCUGGCUGUAGUACUGCAGCUGUGCAGUUUAAUGAUGGAAUAAGUGAGCUUUACCUCCAUGAUGUCGCCACAUAUUUGCUCAUAAAAUGAUUACUUGGGCAAAUAUGACACCAUGACAUGACAAAGAGAUACAACCGCACAUUUUUUAGGACAGUGUGUGAAGUUACAUGAAACUUACAUCUGUACUGCUGCGGUCCCGCCUGCUGCUGCUGCUGCUCCGACAUGGUGCGCGCUGCUGUGGCCAGCCGGCGUUCGCGACACUUUUAAAUAGGCAGAGCAGCUGGUGGCGCUAGCAUCACAUGCGCUUCUACAACUUUUAAGAGGACGAAGAAGAAGCCCGCGGUGCAUUUUGGGUCAGUAGCAUGCCCGUAGGAUGCACCGAGACCAACCUACAAUGUGGGCGUGUCUAGCAUCUGAAGUAGUAUCUGAAGUAGCAUGCUACUCGCUCCGGUGGCCAAUUCGGACAUGCUAGAUACUACUUCGACUACUACUUCGACUACUACUUCGACUACUACUUGGCAAUUCGGACGCAGCUCAUGUCUGCUCAGGUGAGUCUCGAGUUCAGAAGCUGACCUAAAGGUGUGGAUGUGUCCGCUCUGUCUGCGGGAGGGGAGGUUUUUAUUUUGAACCAAACCCCGUUUACUUUUUGUCGAAUUUAACGCUUUUGACCAGUGAGUAACAGACAGACCUCAUGGAGUUGAUUCGCGCCUUAAAGUGUGUGUUUGAGUGUGUAGGUCCGUGAUUUCAGCGCCGAAUCACAGCUAACUUUAAUUUACAUGUUUUUUACCUGUUCAUAAAAUUAUUAUUGUGUCGAUUUAUCCAGAAAUUUAAAAACUGCUGAAUCCCCAGGGGAGAUCUGUAGCAGGAUUGAUAAAGCUAAUCGAUGUGACGGUGAGCAGGACCGCGUGAGAGACGUGAGGAGGUUCACCAUCGGGACUUACCUUGGACCUUUGACCCAGACCAACUGUUUCAUGAUCCGUUUAUAUAAAGAGAAAAAGUCUCGAUUCUGUCAUUUAACCCACUUUAUUAUCACUAUCAGGAGAGAUUCUUUUAGAUAGACGCUGUAAUAGUAUUGGUAUGUCUGGCUCUGUUUUUAACUGGUUUGAAUCUUAUCUCAGUGACAGACAAUUUUAUCUAAAUGUUUUGACAUGAAGUAUGGUGUCCUUCAGGGUUCCAUUUUAGGCUCUUCUACUCUUUUUAAUCUUGAUAUGUUUCCUUUAGGGAAUGUCAUCAGGAGGCACGGCAUCAAUUUCCACAGCUGUGCUGACGACACACAACUGUAUGUUUCCGUGUCUCCUGAUGACACAGGGCCACUUGACGCCCUUUUUAACUGCAUUUUAGACAUUACAUAAUGGAUGGCAAAGAACUUUUUACAGCUCAACCAGGACAAAACUCAAAGCAAACUUUAAGUUUUAUCCUAUAAUCCAAGUCAACAGACUAAAAAAUUAGGUGUUGUAUUUCAUUCAGAAUUGAGUUUUGAACCUCACAUACGAGAUAUCACCAAGAAGGCAUUUUAUCAUUGAAAGGACAUCGCCCAAGUGUGACAAGUUUCAAGUUUCUCUUUCAAUGCAGAGACAUUAAUUCAUGCUUUUAAUACUUAUAGAAUAGAUUAUUGUAAUGCCCUAAAAGAACAUUUUCACAACAACUCCAAAAUUCAGCUGCAUGGAUGUUAACAAGGACCAGAAAGAGAGGUCACAUUACAGCGAUUUGAGGGUCUCUGCAUUGGCUCCCCGUCUCUUUUAGAAUAGAUUUUAAGGUUGUUUUAUUGGUUGUUAAAGCUCUUAAUGGUUUUAGCCCUUCUUUUUUAUCUUAUGAGUCAAGUAGAGCCCUCAGGUCCUCAGGAAGUUCUCUGUUAACAUUAUUAAAGUUAAAACUAAAACAUACGGUGAGAAACCUUUUUAUUCCUACGGCCCCGUCUGUGGAACAGUUUACCUGAAGACCUGAGGACUGAAACUAAUCUGAAUGAUUUUAAAACUAAACAGAAAACAUACCUUUUUAGCCUUUUAACUAAAUUUUAUAUCAUUAACUUUAAGUGUUUUAGCAUUUAUCUCUUUCUAGUUUUAAUGAUAGGAUCGUCUUUUAUUGAGCUAUUUUGGUGCUCUUUUUUCAGUAUCUUUUACUGUUGUUUUUAUUUCAUUUUAUUUAUUAAGUGGAAAUGCUGAUUAAGAAGGGCUCAGAAUUCCUACGAUGUUGUUAUUUUCGGUCUGGGAUUUAAAGAAAUCGCUCUAUGUGAAGAAGUUCAGAGGCCCUAAAUUCACUGCUGUUAGGCAGCUUCUCAUUUAAACAGUUGGUCAGUUAAUGCCUUUGAUGUCUGACACCUGUUAAGAUGCAUUAAUUAACAGGCACACACACACACACACACACACACACACACACACACACACACACACACACACACACACAGACAAUGUGUGUGCGUUAGUCUCUCUCUGUCUAUGAGACCUACAGGUACACAGUAAUUAUGUGUCUGCGUCACCACCUAUCUCCGCCCACAAACUUCGAGCUACAGAACCCAUUCAGGGCUCCAAAAAUUCAGCUCAUUGAGGACAUUAUGGGGUGUAUUUAGGAUUUUGUUAAUUAAUUGUAUCAAUAUGUUCAGUAGAGUCUUGCGGUUCUCACAAGUUCCUUAUCAUGAACAUAGCCAUUACAGAGGAUGAGCAUCAGGGCAUAAUCUGGGAUUUUGUUUCCUCAGCUUCAAGCCUCCUUUCUCCUGCUGUAGUGAUGCAUCUUCCGUCCCCAAGGCAACCAAUUCAUGAACAUGGAGACACACAGCUGACUGGAAAGCUGCUUCUAAUGGCCAUAUGAGACACAUGAAGCCAGGCUCAGUACACAUAGCACUGGGGGUGACAUUUAAAACCCUUCACUAGAGCACCUGACAAACUUUGACACCUAUCUCCUCCCACAAACUGUGAACUCCAGAAACCACUUAGGGCUCCAAAAAUCCAGCUCAUUGAGGACAUUAUGGGGUGUAUUCAGGAUUUUUAUUCAUUUAAAUUCUCCCCACUUUAAAUGUAAACCCGUUAUUGAUACAUUAUUAAAUUCUUAAGACAAAUUUAAACUCAUUCAAACUGAUUCAAACCUUUCUAAUACUUAAAACUUGUCUAAUACUUGGGGAUUUUUAAUUAUUCAAUUUUUUUCCCAUUUUAGAAUUAUUCUCAUUAUUUAUGCAUUAUUAAUUCUUCAAGCAAAUUCCCAGAUUUACUACGACAAUUACUACUAAUAUCACUUUAACUUGUAUCUUCACUCCUACCUCCACUACUUUUGCUUCUCUAAAUAUUUUUUUACUGCGACUCUUACUUUUACUCCCACUGUUGCUUCUACCACGAUCUCUACUGCUUUGACUUCCACCUCUUCUAGUAUAAAACUACUACUACUUUUUACAUUACUACUAAUAUCACUACUACAACUACCUAUUAUCAUACAACUUCUAGUACUACAACUUAAACUUAUGCCAUUUCUCACUUUUCUGUGUUUUCAGGUAAUUUUCUUCCUCAUCCAAUUUUUUUUGCAAUUUCAGACAGUUUUUCUCGCCUCUUUCAGCAUGAAUGCAAUUUUAAUUUAGGAAGCACAUUCACACUCUGUAUAUAUAUUUGACUGUCACUCACUGGUGUACUGAUUCACCAUCAUUUAUUUUUUUUAUUCUGAGGAGGUCAGAGGUCAAGCUCUUUAUUCCUGUCAUUUAAAUCAACUCUAGAUAAAGUAAUUAAAUGUCAGGUGUGUGUGUGUUUCCUUCUCAGGUGUGUGUGUUGUACUUUGCUAAGAGUGCUGAGUUGACAGGAGUUAAGGAGGAGCACGUUGUUGCAGUGCCAACACCAAUCACCAGCCAGGACCUGUGGAGGUUUUUACUGCAGAGACACCCCAGGUACCAUGAUGACGUGGUCACUGACCUCACUGUGACAGUUUCACUGUGACAGUUUCACUGUAUUUACUGUGUGUGUGUGUGUGUGUGUGUGUAUGUGUGUGUGUAGGUUGUCUUUCCUCCAGGGUCAGGUGGUCCUGGCGGUGCGUCAGCAGUACGUUAGCAUCGGCGACCAGUUGGUGACGUUGGGGGACGGAGACGAGGUGGUGGUGGUGCCGCCGCUGAGUGGAGGAUAACGGAGGGUGAGACCUGAACAGAGGUGUGGGGGUGGUCACCUGAAGGACAGGUGAGGAUCUCUGUGUGUGCAGACCUGGGGCCUGUUCUACGAAGCAGGAUUACUGCUUAGCGAGGUAACUUCGAGGAUAAGUUCGGGGUUUCCUGUUCUACGACGCAGGUUCACUUCUUAGCGAGGCGAGUCUCCAUAGCAAUAUACGCUGAACGGCUAACCUGCUCCGGGGCAGGUUAAGUUCCAGAUUGAACUCAUGGAGUAUAAAAACCCCGCCCACUGACCAAUGAGCUCUCUCGAAAAACGGCUUGUCCGUUGUUGGAGGAUCCUGUAGACCUCGGUGCUCGCAUUGUCCGAGGAGCACUCCGGCUCGCGAGAGUUUUCAGGGACUGCACGGACCCACUUACUUCUCCGGAUGACCACCUUUAUGGAAGGCUCAUAUGGCCGACAUAUUACAUAAAACAUGUAAACACGAUAGGAAUGAACAAAUGAAUGAUUCAUCUUGGGAAUGAAUGGGCAUGAGCUGCACGGGCUGUGUGAUCACAGACAACAUCUCUGUACUAUUUAGUAGCAGCGCACGCCCCUUAUAAUAACCCUGUAAAUACGGUUGUUCAGGACUGCUUACUUGUGCUUCCUACCUACUGUAACAACCGUUGUUCUUGCCCACAUGCAACAUUUUUGUUCUCAUUCAUGAAACGCUUAAAUCGGGGACAUUUUCAGGGACAGCUUUAGCCGGGGACAGAUCAUCCAAUUCGGGUACUGUCACCUUAGUUAAAAGCGCAUGUUGAACAGUGCUAUUUCAGGGUGAUAAUGGCAUCAAAGAUUACUUUUCUGCCAGCAUUCCCUCUGUGCUUUUGCAGCGGCGACGGUGUUGUUGCUUGAGGUUUAUGAUAGAUUUUAAUUCUUCAUACUUUCUCAUGAUCGUCUCCUGCUCCUCGUUUCUAAAGUCUGCAGUUCUUCGCUCUCCUGCCGGCUCUGACGCUCCAGACUGGUCCAUGUUCGCGAUUGGUCAGAUGCGGCGGGCUCCGCCUUACAUGUGUGCACGCGCUCAUAGCAAAGCUGGAUCAACUUACGAGGUUGUUAACCAGCGUGGUAAAACCGUGUAGCGAGACCGCUGGUUACCGCGCUUAGUUGAGCGAGGUAGCUCCAAGGCUACCUCGCUAGGUUGAACUUGCUUCGUAGAACAGGCCCCUGUACUUUGUCUGGACCUGGACCUGUCAGGGUCAGAGGAAGUUUCCAUUUUUUCUCUUCUUCCCAUCUUUUCUAGGUUGCUCUCCUGUAGGCUGCUCACCUGUUGUUCACUCACCUGUAGGUCACUCACCUGCAGGCCUGUAGGUUGCUCUGGGUCGCUCACCUGUAGGUCACUCACCUGUAGGCUGAUUACUCAUAGGCUAAAUGAUCCAAAGUGUGUUUCAGGUUUAGGUUUAGUCCUGACCCUAAAAUAGAAAUAAUCAAAGAGCCUCAAGUAGAACCUCACACCUGGUUCUGGUUCUGACGGACUCUCUGGUGUUUGAUUUUCUCAGAUGACUGAAAAGGAGGAGCUGAGGGACGUCUUCAGACUGAGCCCUGAUUGGUUGUCUGUACAGGAAGUGUUGGAGGCGGUCAGCAGCCCGACGUGUGGAGCCGUGUCACUUUUUAUAGGUUCAGAUUUUGGAUUAACUUUAUUGACAAAAAUGAACAAAAAAACUUUAUUCAAAUUUACGAUCUGUGUGCGUGCGUGCGUGUGUGCGUGUAGGUACGACCCGUGAGGACCUGGUUGAUGGCAGGAAGGUGAUUGGUCUGGAGUACGAGGCCUACGAGCCCAUGGUCCAAUCAGAGUUCAGGAAGCUUUGUGAUGACAUCAGAGCGCGGUGGCCGAGCGUGAAGCACGUCUGCGUUUACCACCGCCUGGGGUGAGCGGCGCCACACCACGUGACUCAUGUUAAUGUUUGGUACAAGUUACCUCAGAAGUCAGAUGUCGGAGCUGAAAAUGACGUCACACCCGGCGAGUCCCAGGGAAGUUUUUUUAGAGCAUGCCAUGCCCGAAUAUAAGGGGAGCGCUAAAAUUUUUUUCGUAGAUGCAGCCAUCUUGUUUCCGCCUCCGAUUUCGCUUUUUUCUGACUUUGUAACUGAAACACUGGGAACUCGUGUGACGUCAUCUUCAGCUCCGACAUCUGACUUCCGAGGUAACUCGAACUCAGCAUCAGUCUGCCCUACUUCACAUGCUCAGUCUGCCCUACUGCACAUGCUGAGUCUGCCCUGCUGCACAUGCUCAGUGCAGAGACGAGACCCGGUUAAAGAAGUUUAAAUGUAUUUAAUUGAUCAGGAACAUUGAUCAGCAGAGGCGGAGUUGUAGUUCCAUCAGUCACCACUAGGACAGACUCUGACUCCAUGACUGUACCGCUUUCAGCCUGAUGACACGUUAACAUGUCACAUAACCGUGUCUGAAUCUUUGAGCGCCACGCUGCUUCAAAAUCUGUUUGACCAGAUUCACAACUACUCCGAAUAAACGACUUCUCCUUUCCCAUGACUCCUCCCUCUCUGACUCCUCCCUCCUCCUUUCCCAUGACUCUUCCCCCUUGACCCCUCCCCCUCUCUGACCCCUCCCUCUCUUACUCCUCUCAGGUGGGUGGGGGUGGGUCAGGCCAGUGUCAUCAUGGCAAUCUCAUCUCCUCAUCGCCUUGACGGCCAGCAGGCAAUUCAGCACGCUGUUACGCAGCUGAAGGCGACUAUCCCCAUCUGGAAGAAGGUCAGAUCAGAGUGAUCGGUGUUUGAUCAGGAUGUUUGAUUAUUGAUCAGUUUGAUGUUUGGUUAUUGAUCAGGAUGUUUGAUUAUUGAUCAGACAGAGUCCACAGGAUCAGGAAAUGAGUUUGGUCUUUUUUCAAAAGUGUCUCAGGAUAAUGACUGUUGUGAUUUGGCACCACAUAAAUAAAGAUUGAUUGAUUGAUUAAUUGAUUACAGCGCUGUUUCCAGGACCAGAACUAUUGAUUACAGAUCAUGUGACAUGUCAUUGAUUUUACAGAUUAUUGAUCAUGUGACUGUGAUUGACAGGAGGUGUACGACACUCAGGACUCGAGCUGGAAGCAGAAUGUGGAGUGUUCAUGGUCGCUUCACCGUAAACCUACAGCACCGUCAGAGAACACCUGAACAGGUGUGAUCAGUAACUGAAGGUUAUCAAUCCUAAUAAUAAUCAAGAGUGUGUGUGUGAUUGUGUGUUCAUUAUAUCUGUGUAUUACUCACAGAUGGUUCACAAGUUUGAUUUCACUCUGAGUUAAUGAGUUUUUAUCAAACCAGUCUGUAAUUUUGAACCGAGUGAGACCUCGUCUCCUUCUAAAAUAAAAUAUCUUUGUUUGUAUUUCCAUAAAUUUCAGAAGUCACUGACUCCUGUCGUCUGUUUGUCUCUGAGCAACUUUCAGUCUAAAAUAUCCUUCAAGUGAAAUAAAAAUCUGAAGCUUG